AUGGCAGAAGUAGAGGAGUCUGGUGUCGUGGCAGGCCAGGAGCCGGCUGCGUCAUCAUCCGCACCAGCGACACCCGUUAAAGAGCCUCCUUCAUUGCUAUCGUUUCCUUUUGUGCCGCACACAGAAAUGCCGGAAAUGAAGACGGCGAAGAAGAUGACGUACUCUCUCUACUUUCAAUAGUUAUGGGAAUAGAGUUGUGCCUCAGUGAGCACAAAUUGAACAGCUGCAAACCACCACCUUUAGUCUAGGUAAAAUCAUCAUCAUCAGGAGAGAAGUCGUGGCGUAGAACGAUCUGAUAGUAGUAGUCCUUCGAAACCACAAUCAGGAAUGAUAUUUCUAUUUCUUGUAUGCCUUGAUGUUGAUGACUUUAUCUUGCGUCUAUAACAGGUAUUGCCCAGAAUGCGGCUUACCGCCAGAUUUCGUCGAGUAUGGUGGUAAAUGGGAGCAAAGUAAGCUAUGGGUUCUCGCAAAUUUUCCGCAAUAUUAUCCGGAAUUGGCAGGUAUGAUUAAAAUUUUUUACAUUUACUACCUAUAAUUCCCACUAAUUUGUUGUGUUUCGUUGUGCUUCCAAUCGAUAAUCGGCCGUUCAUCUGCCAGUAUUAUAAAUUUCUCCGCACACCUAUGUACAGGUCUCUCAUUGGACGAUAUGAAAGAGGAAGCGGCAAAAAAGAAGGCAGAAAACGCAGAGAAGGAGAAAACAAAGGAGCUUCCAGGAGGAAAGAAAAAACGCAGUGCUAGUCCAAAGGUACUAUGAUUGCUUAUAGUACGACUUAAUGAAUCUCUAUGUGCUGCCCAUGAGCCUGAUUGCAACUACAGCAUGUACGGUGUUUUUCCUGACAACAAACUAGAACAACUAUGCCCUCUAGACAAGAAUUUUGACUUUUACUAUGAUCGAUCAUAUUCACUUUCACUUGUCCUCGUUCAGGUUGUAAUCAAAGUAGCGAAGAGACAGGGUCGCAAGAUGAUAACGACAGUAACCGGCCUGGACGGAUUCGAUGUUAAGCUGGAUGCAGCAGCGAAGCUCUUCAAAAAGAAAUUCGCCUGUGGUAGUGCGGCAGUAAAGGGCGGCCCAGGAGCGCCUGAUAGCGUUGAAAUUCAGGGUGACCCAGGACAAGAUGAAAUUAUUGCACUCUUGAAAAAAGAAUUUCCCGAAGUACCCUCAAAAAAAGUUGAGUUUAUUCACGCAUAGUUGAGUUCAUUAAUGCAUGACGAUUAUAAUACAUGCUUAGCCCCGCGAAGAACUCCGGUUCACCACGACAUCUACCCUCCCGAAUACCUCUUUGACUUCCAUGUAUGAAAUCACAAAUUUAAUGGUUAAGAAAGCUUUUGAGGGCCUCCAUGAGCUCAUCCCAUGGUGGUGGGGGGCAUCUGAUUGUUAAACGCAAUUAAAAAGUCGCGGCGUAACGCCUCUACUGCAACCAAUCAAGG